AUGUCUUUGAGCGUUAAGCAUUUGAACGAUGAUGCUUCGUUUCUUCUUACCUUUCAGCCUAUAGUACCAUUUCCUCCAACGCCCGGCCAGUCUACUGCUUUCACAGUAGUCAUCGAUCCGUGGCUUUCCGGCUCCUCGAAGAUAUUCCACUCGAUUUUCUCAUCGACCAAGAACAAACAUGCUUCAUGCGUUUCAAGCCUUACAGACCUUCCCGCGCCGAAUCUUAUUAUCAUCAGUCAGUCGAUGAGCGAUCACUGCCACAAGGAAACUCUCACGAAACUGCCAAAGAAAGGAGGAGACUUCACCAUACUCGCCGAAUCGGCAGCCGCAAAACUUAUACGAAGCUGGAAACACUUCGACGAAUCCCAAGUCAUCACAUUAAAAGAAUGGACGAAAUCAGGGAAAGGCAACACCUCUUCUAGCAUACACCGAAUACCCCUCUCUCCCCUCACAUCCCAAGGCGAAGCAGGAGAAGUGACCAUCAGUCUCAUCAAAGAAAAUGACACAGCAGGCCUCAAAAACGCAGUAGCAAUCACAUACCGAGCACCCACCUCCGGCCUAUACUACGACAAAGACCUCGACUUCCUCCCCUUCACCCCUCCCGCCUCUCCACGCUCCUACAACCCACCAACGACCACCGCACGCGCCCUCUCCGUUCUCCACGCCCCCCACGGCAUAAACUACAACAUCCUCAGACCCUUCGUAACAACACACCUCGUCUCGUCUGCAGCCCUCCCGCUCACCGCGCUCCUGCAUUGCUUCGACAAAGUGCAGAACCCGAUCUGGCUCGGGGGUAAUAUCUGCCUCGGCGCUCCGUCCGGUGUCAAGAUAUCGGAGGAAUUGAUGGCGAGAGUAUGGAUCAGUGCUCACGAUGGAGACAAGGUGUUGAGCGGGGUCGCGAAUAAGAAAUUGAAGAUUACCAAGUUUGAGAGGGGAUAUAUUGCAGAGGUGGUUAGUCCGCGGACGCCGAGUUUUCCGGACAAGGAGCAGGGGACUGAGGUUGUUGUUUUGGGGGUGGGGGAG